AUGGAGCUAAACCCUAACGAUUUCCGGGGCAUUUCCCUUGCCGACGCAGCAAGACAGUGUCUGGAUGCCCUGGAAAAGUGUAAAGCCAUCCCAGCAUUACAAGAGAACUCGUGGGCAGAAAACAGAAUUUUUGCUCUCAGAAUCUGGGCUUCUGAAACUGGUACGUUUGCUAUUGGGAUAGCUUCGCUUGACUCGAAGCUCGGAUUCGAUGGGCAGUCUAGGACCAUAUACAUGGGACUCCUGGUCGGCCUGCUAGAAAGUGUUUAUAACUGCCAAAAGAGAGCGAAUCGGAAAUCCACGAGCAGGGCACCGCAAGUGCAGGAAGGCAAGAUCGAUCCCAUAUGCUCUCCCCGGGGACUGAACCAGAUGUCCCCGCUUGACAUGUCAAAGCAAGAGCUGGACAGCCGCAUCAGGAAUCUCACAAGAUACACAUUGGUAAUGGAGGAACCAGACUUGGAUAUUGGGGCUGACAUAUGUUUCAAUCCAGAAGAUCAUCGAGAGUUGCGCAAUCAUCUGACUGCCGUUGUUCUUGCCCAAGGGUGUGAAGCGGAACGGAACAGUUGGAACUUUGAUGGCAGCUCGCUAACAGCUGUGCAAGAGCGUCUGAUACUGGCAAAUCUCAAACGACGGAACAGGUUCUUGUAUGCACAGCGACACGCCCCGAGUCUUCCGUUUGACCCCCCAAACCCUGACUACGAGUCCCUGGAGCCCCAUUCGGAAGCGGAUGACACGCGCCACGACAGUAACUCGGCAAGCCUCUCACAGGAACAGACGAGGCAGGGCAUUUUGCAAAAGCCAUCAUCAAAACAAGCGCUGUCAUCAAACCACAUUGCGACGACUGCUCCGGCUACUUCACCUGUUGAAUCGCAGUUCGACAGAGUCCCCAAGCACCCCGUCACGUCAUCUGAGGCAGCAAAGACAUGGAUAUCGACCACAGCAUCCAAGAUUGCUUAUCCUCGCCCUCCAGCACUUAGGGAUGGACCUAAAGGGCUGAAAUACUUUCGCUGCCCUUGUUGUUGCCAGGUGCUUCCAGAAUUAUUGUGGCAUGACACCCAUUGGAAGAAGCAUCUAAAAAAAGAUAUAUGCCCAUACACCUGUAUCUUGGAGGACUGUGACUGGGCCAACAAAUCGUUCGUCAGCCGAUUCGAGUGGAUGGAGCACAUGCGCAACGAUCAUGAGCGGGUCGUGGUGUGCGAGCCUUGCUUGAUUCCGGGCAAAGCGCCAGUCACAUUUCCGUCGAAAGAACAAUACGACCACCACCUCAAGACAACUCAUGCCGAUGAUAUCGAUGAAGAGAUGCGCUCUCUGCUCAUGAUAGAUUGCACUUUACCGGCACCUAGAAACAUCAGCCAGUGUCCACUAUGUCAGUUCACUGGACCUCCUGAUUCUGAUGCCGUUCUUGAUCAUAUUGCGGAGCACUUGCACGAUUUCUCUUUGCGGUCCUUGCCGUGGCCGAAAGAUGAAGUGCAGAACAGACGGGAAGAAGUUGAAGAUUAUUUUGAUCGCAAUGACUACUUUGACUGUUAUUCGGAGAAUGCUUGCCAUCAGCCCACCGCAAAUGAUGGCUCUGAUAGGGACGAGGAGUGGGAUGACCCAGGUUUCGUGCUCUCAGGCACCAAGCCUGCAUUCAUUUCUCUUGAUGUCGACGGUAUAGAACGGGAAGGUAAUAAAGCCAUCCCUGACAAUGAAGGUUAUCAAGGCUACACCAGCGACGGCAUCAAUGGCAAUGGAGUUUACCAUAUACCAGCAUUCUCUAACGGCGCCUCUCUCCAGGCUCCCAACCGAUUCCACCAGCUGUACACCGAAAACAAUGCAAAAGGUGUCACGUAG